AUGCGACUUCUUAGUGUAAACGAUGGCGAAUUCAGCCUGACUGAGUUCGUUGGCGAUAACAUUCCCCCAUAUACAAUCCUUUCGCACACUUGGGGGAAGGAUAUUGAAGAGGUUACCUUCCACGACAUGAUAGAGGGAAUAGGGAAGAGCAAGCUUGGCUAUGAGAAGCUUCGAUUCUGCGAAAGGCAAAGCGCAAAAGACAACAUCGACUUUUUUUGGGUGGAUACGUGCUGUAUCGACAAAUCAAGCAGUGCGGAGCUAUCUGAGGCAAUUAACUCCAUGUUCCGAUGGUACCACAAUGCUGCCAAAUGCUACGUGUACCUCCCAGACGUGUCACUCAGAGACAUCUCGUCUUCUCAACAAACAUGGCAAACAACGUUUAGACAGAGUCGAUGGUUUACUCGAGGCUGGACGCUCCAAGAGCUUGUUGCCCCCACAUGUGUCGAAUUCUUCUCCCUUGAAGGCGAGCGACUUGGGGACAGGGACAUGAUGGUGCAAGCAAUCCAAGAGAUCACAAACGUCAGUAUGGAUGCUCUGCAGGGAAGCCCUCUUUCUCGGUUUGGCUUUGAGGAGCGUAUGUCUUGGGCCAGAGGGCGUGAGACAAAACGCGAAGAAGACGCUGCGUACUCUUUGCUGGGUAUUUUCGGCGUACAUAUGCCGCUCGUGUAUGGAGAGGGUCGCAGGAAUGCAUUUAUUCGGCUUCAAAGAGAGGUUCAUGAGUCUUCAAGGAGCUAUGGAAACGAAGUCUUUGAAUUUGUGUUUCAGGAAGGCACACCAUUGCACGAGAUUGACGAUACCUUCACGUGUCUGAUGGGCGAUAUAAACAGGGACGGCUGGCCUGACUUAACCGCCGUCAAGUCUAGCGGCACUAGCAGCAACAACAUCGAAGUUUGCAUCCUUUCUGGGGCCUCAAGAUUCAAGACAUUUAUUACCCCAAUCGGAACCGAAGCUGGCGUGCUCGCAACACCGAAUGCACAGUAUGACUUUGCCCUCACGGACUGGAACGGCAAUAGGUCAUUGGAUCUCGUCGUUAUUAAGAAAAGCUACACGGAUACCAAGAGCACUGAAGUCUGUAUCCUCUCCGGAGCCUCCAAAUUCCAGACAGUCAUCCUCAAAACUGGGACCGUACUGCACGAAACUGACGAGACCUGGGACUUCGCUAUGGGGAGAUGGAGCGCGGGCAAAAGACCGGACUUAUUCGCCAUCAAGAAAUCCAACACGGGCACCAGCAGCACUGAAGUACACGUCCUAUCGGGCGCGGCGCUCUUCCAGAAAUUCAUUCUGCAAACAGGCACUGGCUUGCAUGAAACUGAUAAGACCUGGGACUUUGCCGUCGCGGACUGGAAUGCUGAUGGAUGUCCGGAUCUUGUCGCUGUUAAAAUGUCCGGUAACGAGAACGCCUUCUCUUCAGUGCAUGUCCUUUCCGGGGCGUCAAAUUACCACCAUUUCAUUCUACAUUCAGAGAUACCACUAUACAACACACUCGGGAUGUUUGAGUUUAUGGUCGCUGAGUGGACACGCAAUGGGAGAUUGGAUUUAGUUGGGAUUAGGAAGAGCAAGACUGGGACGAAUAGCACUGAAGUGCAUAUUAUGGCUGGACGAGGUGCUAUUUCAAUAUGGGAUGAUGUCUCCGAGGAUGAGUUCUGGAAACCUUGCUCUGGUUCCGGUACUCUCAAGCAGGUUGCCGAAGCUCGGGCUCAGUCGCAUCUAGCUCCAAGUUUUGAAAUCAACUGCAUAAACAACCUGGCUCUUCUAUAG